AAACGUGCAGCACAGCAAAAAGCUCACACACCGGAUUACCUUCAUCAUCAUCAUCAUCAUCACCUUCAUCAUCCUUAUUCAGAUCAUCUAAAUUCAUCUCACAUACAGGAUUAUUGUUUUUAUUUUUCAUUUCAGUUUUUAAGGAUUUAUACAAAAUUAAGUCAUUUAAUUUUUUAAAAUAAUAAAAAAAAUUAAUUUGUCUGUUUUUUAUUUUUACAUUUUUGGAAAAAAACAACAUUCUUUUAUUUUUAUUUUAUCUAUUUAUUUUUAUUUUUUAGCAUUUAUUAUUAUUAUUAUUAUUAUUAUUAUUAUUAUUAUUAUUAUUAUUAUCAUCAUUAUUAUUGAGAGACGGUUUAUACAAGUUGGUUCCUGCACGGUGACUAACGUGUGGCGAUGGCGAGCGCGUGUCUGCAGUUGACCGGCUUCCUCCUGGGUGUUGUGGGGUGGAUCUGUGUGGUCAUCGCCACCUCCACCAGUGACUGGGUCAUCCGCUGUAAAUAUGGCAUGAACACAUGCAGGAAGAUGGAUGAGCUUGAGACCAAAGGACUGUGGGAGCAGUGUGUGAUCUCCACUGCUCUCUACCACUGUUACUCCCUCAACCAGAUCCUCCAGCUGCCCGUGUAUAUCCAGACAUGCCGAGCGCUCAUGAUCUCAGCGUGUAUCCUGGGGUUACCCGCCGCAGCGCUCCUGCUCUCCUCCCUGCCCUGCAUCCAUCUGGGAGACGAUUCAGUGAAGGACAAGAACAAACGCUCGGCCAUCGGAGGAGUCCUGGUGCUCUUAGUGGCCAUGUUCUGCCUGGUGUCCACCAUCUGGUUCCCGAUCGGAGCUCACCAGGAACUCGGGUUGAUGUCCUUCGGCUUUUCUCUGUACUCCGGGUGGGUGGGCGGGGCUUUGUCUCUCCUGGGAGGCUGUAUCCUCACCUGCUGCUCCAUUGACUCCACCCCUUCAUACCGCCAAAAUAACCGCUACUCCUACUACUCCAAACAGGAUCCGCCCACCAACCAGACUCCGCCCACUGGCAACCAUGCCAAGACCGCACACGUCUGAUGUUCCUAUUCUCUCUCUCUCUCUUUCUCUCUCUCUCUCAAAUCAUUGUAAAUAGAUUUUACUUUUUUUUACUCAUCUUCAUUAACCUGCAGUUAAAUUACAUACAGACUUCUGACAGUGUAAUGGUGGUUAAAAUGAUCGGUGGACUUGACGUGACCUACAAGGAGGAAAGUCAGAUCAUGUGGGACAUUUUCUACACGUUAUUUACACUCCUGUAUUCAUGAGUGUAAUAUCAUCAAUACAUAAUACUUACAAAAAAAAGCAAUUCUACUUCCUGUUUUAGUUACACUCUGGACUUUUGCUGUCAGUAAUAAAGAAUCAGGGUUGCCAGGUCUGUGAAUCGUAAUCAACCCAGUUAUACCAACCUUUUUCACUCAGACCAGUCUAAUACCAGUUUAAUAAUCUAGAAGUCUAUAACUGAACUGGUGAUUUCAGAUGAAUAACACUGUGUUACACUAAAUGAUUAGCUGCGUCCCAAAUGAUUAAUACACACUUACACUAUGCCCUCUGUACUCUAGCGUCUAGUGUAUGAAUGUGUAAAGAGUCGUAUCCUCUCAGAUGGAGUUUUACUAACAGGAAGUAGAAGCCGUUUCACAGUCGAUGGACAGUGAGCUAGUUUAACAGACAUUUUUAAGCCGUCCCGUCCACCGCAGUGUCGUGGACCAUCUUGGACUUUUUUCUCAUUUAGCUUAUCGUCUGGUAGCCCCGCCCUUCUUUCCUCUGCGUAAGCACAGCUGUGAGUGUCAAGUUCAAGAAGUGUCCAACAUUCACACUCAGAUCAUUCGAAUAAAAAUAAGAGCAUCAUCCUGGACCUAAAGUCCACUUCUUCUGCUUCUUCUUGGAUUUUGGACUAUACAGUGUGUAUAAUUAUGAGAUUUGGGACGCAGCUAUUGUCUCUACAUUUAUAAUAAUCGAUUAUUUCCAGCUCUCUAGCCUCACUCAGACUGUGUGUUUAAGUUGUUUGGAUUUAUUAACCUGCUGUUCAGUGACACUAGCUUGUUAUUUUUCCAAAAAAUUUUUUGACUCCUAAUACUUAAACACUUUAACAUUCAGAAUCUAUAAUCCUCUGAUAAAACAGUGCAGUACCUCUGAUUGUGUUUUAGUCAAUUAACACUCGUUAGAUGUGUGUUUUUGUAACAAAUUUUUCAGGAACAAAAAUCGUGUUACAUAGUGUAAUCACUCCAUUAGUCUGACUGAUAAACUGUACUGUGUUGGGAAAUUACAUUGAAUAGUUUUGUAUUAAUUAAUGAGUGAAAAUACGAUCAAUAUUCAGCUGAUAUAAGAAGAUAUUAAUUGGAAAUAAAGUUCUUAAAGUCAAAACAAUGAGCAGUAACUACACAGCACAUCACCUGUGUUCACACUUUAGCAGUUUAAGGUUCUGUAUGUUUCAUAUCUGAUUUAUUGUAUUGUUUACUGUGGUGUUAUUGAGGUUUGACAAAUUUUAUAUAAGUAGAUCUCAUAUAUACCCCGAUCAGCCAUAACAUUAUGACCAGUACCAAGUGAAGUGAAUAAGACUGAGUAUCUCCUCAUCAUGGCACCUGUUAGUGGGUGGGAUAUAUUAGGCAGCAAGUCAACAUUUUGUCCUCAAAGUUGAUGUUAGAAGCAGGAAAAAUGGACAAGCGUAAGGAUUUGAGUGAGUUUGACCGAAAGGGCCAAAUAGUGAUGGCUAGACCACUGGAUCAGAACAUCUCCAAAACUGCAGCUCUUGUGGGGUGUUCCCGGUCUGCAGUGGUCAGUAUCUAUCAAAAGUGGUCCAAGGAAGGAACAGUAGUGAAGCGGUGACAGGGUCAUGGGCGGUCAAGGCUCAUUGAUACACGUGGGAAGAGAAGGCUGGCCCGUGUGAUCCGAUCCAACAGACGAGCUACUGUUGAUCAAACUGCUGAAGAAGUUAAUGCUGGUUCUGAUAGAAAGGGGUCAGAAUACACAGUGCAGGACGGGUCAGGGCUGUUUUGGCUGUUAUGGCAGGUGGUCAUAAUGUUAUGCCUGAUAUAUAUAUAUAUAUAUAUAUAUAUAUAUAUAAAUAAACUGAAGUGUUGCUAACAGUUUUGCUCAUAAUUGUAAAUGUUGAUAAUUUUAAA